GCACUAGUUUCUACCCGGAUUCUCUCUGUGGCCCUCUCACUCUUUUUUUUCCCCCUCGUCAGCGUUAUGGCGGCAACAGAGCUGCUCGCCCUGUUACUUCCCCUGCCUUUACUAUGGCUGGUUUCUUCCUGGUGGCUGAGGCGGUGCCACAGAACGAGGUGGCGGCAGCGGGGGGAUGGCCGGAAGCUAUUAGCCACCGGAUCGGCGGAUCGGCGCGAAGAUGACGCGCCACGUGCCCUGUUUGUGACGGCGCACCCUGAUGACGAAGCGAUGUUUUUCGCCCCCGCCAUUCUCAGUUUAGCAGAAGCCCGGCUGUGGCUGCUCUGCGGGUCCACAGGAAAUUACUACAGUCAAGGGGAUAUUCGUAAGAAGGAACUCCUGGAGAGUUGUACAGUACUAGGGAUCCCUCCUUCCAAUGUGACUGUCGUUGAUCACAGGGAUCUUCCAGACCAUCCAUCUGUUGAAUGGGACACGCGUCUGCUCUCCGCUCUGAUUCUUGAGCAUGUCAAGACCAACCGGAUCAACCUGGUCGUGACUUUUGAUGCGGGAGGAGUGAGCGGGCACACGAACCACAAAUCCCUUUACGUCGCCGUCAGGUACCUGCAUUCAGAGAAGAAGCUUCCAGGAGGUUGCCAGGUCCUAACCCUCAAGACAGUGAACCUUUUCCGGAAGUACAUAUCUGUCCUAGACGCCCCCAUCAGUUACCUCUGGAGCAAAGAUGUCCUCUUUGUGCUGACAAAAGAGGAAGCCGACUUGGCCAAGAGAGCCAUGCAGUGCCACCGCAGCCAACUCCUCUGGUUCCGGCGCCUCUAUGUGGUCUUCUCACGCUACAUGGUGAUCAACUCGCUUCGCGUCCUCUAAGGAGAAAAGGACUUCUCUCAAGACACCAGGAGCGAUUGUGGAACCAAGAGAGGCUGAAGGAGAGUGGUUCUCCUUAAGGCUCUCACUGAAUCAAGGAACGGAACAGCACCCUUCACCAGACACUGGUGGAUAGGAAACACGCAGCCAGCCACCCAAGCCUGGUGUGCAGUUUUCCAUGCGGCUGUGCACGGUCUUCCAUGCGGCUAAGUGAGUGUUUUUUUCCAUCCAGCUGCCAUAUUGCUGAGAUGACAGAAGUCAGGGAAACUCAUGACAGGUCUGCAUCCGUUUCCACAAAGAUAAGCAAGAUGGAACCUCACAACAUGCUGUACGUUAGACCAGAGAAAGGGGUGAGAGGGAGCAUCUCUUCCAAAAUCAUUUCUGUUUACCUUUUCUUUUACAAGAAUAUAAAUUUUUUAUUGCAUUUACGAACCACUUCCUAGAAAAAAAUCUGGAAGUGAUGAACAAUAAAAACAUCAACAAUAAAA